AUGCUUCUGCUUAGCCUUACCUGGUAUGAGAUGAUUUCUGUUAGCCUGGCAAAUGGAGAACCAGCAAUAACUGCUUCUAUUAUGGCACCCAGUGAUCUGCACAUUGCUAAGCAUGACUUUGGAGUUAUUCUAUCCUGGAACAGUAACAUUACAGAAGAAAUGAAGACAUAUUAUGUGAAGUAUGUUUUGAUUUAUAAGUUCGAUACAGCUCAGGAAAAAAUAGAAAGACUUCAAGAAAAGGAAAAGAUGAUAAGACUUGGGUUACACUCUGGUUUCCAUGCUAAAGUUAAAACACAGCUUCUUUCAAAAGAAACAGAAGACCUUAUAAAGGAGAGUAACUGGACUGAAUUUACUUACAAGGCACCUCCAGUAUAUAUCCAAAAUUUCUCAUGCAUCAUAUAUAACAUUUCCAAUUUAAAUUGUACCUGGGACAUUAAAACAGAAGCUCCUGAGGAUGCUCAGUAUUUUCUUUCCUACAGGCACAGUAGAGAAGAGUUCCAAUGCCAACUAUAUUUAACAAAUGCAAAGAACAAAAACAUUGGAUGUCACAUGAAAGAAGUAUAUUUUAAUCACGCUAAUACUAAUAAAAUCAGAUUUAAUAUAACUGUAAAGGAACUAAGCAACAGUUCAGAAAACCAUUCCUAUUACAAAAAAUUUACACCUCAAAGACUAGAGAAACUGAACUCUCCAAUCAAUGUGUCUAUAUCACUUGAGAAGAGAAGCAUUAAAAUUAACUGGAAACCACCACCUACUAUUGGUUCAGCAAAAAAAAAUUGCUUUACAUACCAAGUGAAAAUUACAGAUCUAGAGCUCGUAGAUGUUUCUGAAGAGGAAUAUGUGCAUCCAAUUCAUGAUCCCGCAAAACAAUAUGUUAUUCAAGUCAGAGCAAAGAAAACAACAUGUAUACGUAACAAGAUUUGGAGUGAAUGGAGUGAACCAGUUUUUAUUAAUAAUGAAUAUAAGGAUAAUAAAAUGAACACCUGGAAGCUGCUCAUACCAAUUUUGUUUUCCUCCAUGAUCUUCACUGGAGGAUUGCUGAUAUUUCUUUAUAGAAGGUAUAAAUGCAUUGGUCCUAUACUCACACCUAUCCCACACCCUUCAGACAGAAUCAGAAUCUGGUUAGCUUCUGAUGCUGCUCCGUGUCAGCAGGAGUAUGGCCUGGUUCCCCAAAUUCCCGACAUGCUGGUUAUCAGCGAUCUGAGCACACCUGUCACAGAACUAAGUUUCAACACAAGUGAAGUGAACAUGCACUCCGAGAUCAUGUUGGUCCCUCUGGAAAAGAACCAACACAAGGGGAUUAACUAA